AUGUCUUCCUCAUCUCCAUCUACCUCACGACCUCGUCCUAAUCUGCUCCGCCGUGCUUUGGGUUUCGCUCAUCCUGUCCUCAAUCCUCCGUCUCCGUUUGAAUCAAUGUUAGACCAGUGCAAAGGAUUCAAUCGAAGUUCCGAUCUGAAUGAUCGGAGACCAUCCGAUGCGUUUUUAACUGUGACGAACAGGAAAGGAAACCAGAGAUGUCGAAUUGUAUUUGAGGACAUGGCUGGUUUCAAGCCUCAAAGCAUGUUUGUUGUUUGGCAUAACUUAGUCUUGGAUACAGGACAAGACUUGGGGUGGAGAGCAAGAACAACUCGAGAUGGACUUAUGGAGAUCUUCUCAAGCCAAGCAAAAAUGAAUGAAGGCAUAAAAAUCUGA